AAACCAUCUGAAGUCCGAACCCUCUCAGCCUUCCCGUACGUCCAAUACACAGUAGCCACUGUCUGUCUGCAACUCUCUGACACAUACGCAGCAUCCCUUCCUCCAUAUUUACGGAAACUGCCACGCCAACGAUCAGAAGCGACGCGAGCAACUGACCAAAAAACGCAGCUCGCUUUACGAUUUACGAUUUACGAUUUACGCUGCGCAGGCUCGCACUCGUCAUCUCUCGCUCCAGUACAGCACAGUGUGGAGUCAAAGACUCUUGACUCACGAGCUCUGCAUCUAAAGACCAAAGCUUUUAUCUUUCCUCCAGAGAGAGAGAGAGAGAGAGAGAGACGCAGUUCUCAAGAAGGGGAGAACGUUGAGAACAGCAUUUUGCUGAAGUGGGUCUCAGGAAUAAAGCGAGAGGCUUCUCAAGAAUUCUCACAGAGACAGAGAUAGAGAGAGAGACAGACAGACAGACAGAGCACAAAUGGGAAGACGGUUCAGGCUCAUCUUUGCCACUUCGCAGUUGCUUAUGCUUCUGGACCUGUGCAGAGGAAGCACUAUCGGAAUAUGCUAUGGUAGAAAUGCGGAUGACCUCCCGACAGCUGACAAAGUCGCACAAUUGGUUCAGCUUCACAACAUCAAGUACCUCAGGAUUUACGACUCUAACAUUCAGGUUCUCAAGGCCUUUGCAAACACAGGAGUAGAGCUCAUCAUAGGUAUUCCAAACUCAGACCUAUUGCCGUUCUCUCAGUUCCAAUCAAAUGCCGACACUUGGCUGAAGAACAGCAUUCUCCCAUAUUAUCCUACCACGAAGAUCACGUACAUCACUGUCGGUGCCGAGGCAACAGAAAGUUCCAGCAAUGUCACUGCCCUCGUGGUACCAGCGAUGCAAAACAUCUUUACAGCCUUGAGAAAAGUCGGUCUACACAAAAGAAUCAAAGUCUCCACGACCCAUUCUCUCGGAGUUCUAUCGAGAUCUUUUCCGCCUUCAGCGGGUGCUUUUAGUAGUAACUACGCAUCUUUCUUGAAACCCCUUCUGAUAUUUCUUGCUGAGAACCAAUCUCCUUUCAUGAUCAACAUCUAUCCUUACUAUGCCUAUCGAGAUUCGCCAAACAAUGUCUCUCUAGACUAUGCCUUGUUUGAGUCGUCCUCAGAAGUGAUUGAUCCAAACACCGGGUUGCUCUACACUAGCAUGUUCGAUGCCCAGAUCGAUGCUCUUUACUUUGCCCUCAUGGCUUUGAACUUCCGGACCAUCAAAAUCAUGGUCACUGAAACAGGAUGGCCAUCUAAAGGUUCUGCUAAAGAAACUGCUGCAACUCCAGAUAAUGCUCAGAUUUACAAUACAAACUUGAUCCGUCACGUGAUUAAUAACACAGGCACUCCUGCGAAGCCCGGUGAAGAGUUGGAUGUGUAUAUCUUUUCGCUUUUCAAUGAAAACAGGAAGCCUGGUUUGGAUUCUGAGAGGAACUGGGGGCUAUUUUAUCCUGAUGAGACGAGUGUGUACAAUUUGGACUUCACUGGACGAGGCUCUGUGGAUGUGAUAACUGGAGCUAAUAUCACCAGUUCUAAUGGAACUACAUGGUGCAUCGCUUCGUCUAAUGCAUCGGAUAUGGACUUGAAGAAUGCCCUAGACUGGGCCUGUGGACCAGGAAAUGUGGACUGUUCUGCGAUUCAACCCAGCCAACCGUGUUAUGAGCCGGACACCUUGGUUUCUCAUGCCUCGUUUGCCUUCAACAGUUACUAUCAGCAAAAUAGCGCUACAGAUGUUGCUUGUAGCUUUGGAGGGGCAGGGUUAAAAGUCGACAAGAACCCAAGUUAUGACAAGUGCAUUUAUAUGACUGCCGGGAGCAACAAAACCGCUACAAGCAAUGCUACGGCCAUUUCUUCACAUUCUUCCUCCCAGGCAGGUGAAGUCCAUAUCUUGGCAUUAAGCUACACUAUUAUGCCAUUUUUCCUGUUAUUUAUUUUGAUCACCGGCAAUGUGUAAAGAAUCAUGGGGAACCCCGCAAAAGAGGCCGUGACAAGAAUGUGGAAAUUUAAAUGGAUGUAUCCGUGCGAGAAAAAGAAUUACCAUUUUUGUUAUUCAUCUGUCCAAAUGAUUGUAGUCUGUUGAAUGAAAUUAUCAGGGGGCUGAGUUUUGCAGUAUCAUGUUAAUAGAGGUAGGUUCAGGAAAUCCUGUCUUCAUGGAUAUUUACGUGUACAAAAUGGCCCAAGCUGGAUCUUCUUUGUUAGGAUUUUGGUGGACCGUCUAGUAGUCAUUUGUAAUUGUAAAAGUGAAAGGGGCUGCGGUGGCCAACCCGUGCAAGUGAUGCUAGCCGCAAAAUGUUUACACUCAAGAAGGUUUAAAGGAUUUUGUCCUGUGUCUUGGAUUUAACUGAAGCAAGUCGCAAAAUGUGAGAACUGAAAGGUUUGGAGG